GGGGCGGGGCCUUCCUCCAACCUGCAGGGCUCCAACAUGGCUCCGCGGCUGUGCAGCAUCUCUGCAGCGGCGCGGCGGCUGCUGGGGGGCCCGGGGCCCCGCGCCGGGGAUGUGGCGGCUGCAGCUGCGGCGCGCACUACAUGCACAAGGACAGAAAGCCUAUGAAUUCAGAAACACCUUCUAUUCCAAGGACAAUGAAGGCAGCUGGUUCCGCUCCCUCUUUGUGCACAAGGUGGAUCCCCGGAAGGACGCCCACUCCACCCUGCUAUCCAAGAAGGAGACCAGCAACCUCUACAAGAUUCAGUUUCACAAUGUGAAGCCUGAGUAUCUGGAUGCCUACAACAGCCUGACGGAGGCUGUGCUGCCCAAGCUGCACCUGGAUGAGGACUACCCCUGCUCGCUCGUGGGCAACUGGAACACAUGGUAUGGGGAGCAAGACCAGGCAGUGCACUUGUGGCGAUUCUCAGGCGGCUACCCAGCCCUCAUGGACUGCAUGAACAAGCUCAAAAACAACAAGGAGUACUUGGAGUUCCGAAAGGAGCGGAGCCAGAUGCUGCUGUCUCGGAGAAACCAGCUGCUCCUUGAGUUCAGCUUCUGGAAUGAGCCACAGCCCAGAGCGGGCCCCAACAUCUAUGAGCUGAGGACAUACAAGCUCAAGCCAGGAACCAUGAUCGAGUGGGGGAACAACUGGGCUCGGGCCAUCAAGUACCGGCAGGAGAACCAGGAGGCGGUGGGCGGCUUCUUCUCACAGAUAGGAGAGCUCUACGUUGUGCACCAUCUCUGGGCCUAUAAAGACCUGCAAUCUCGGGAGGAGACUCGAAACGCUGCCUGGAGGAAGAGGGGCUGGGAUGAAAAUGUCUACUACACAGUCCCCCUGGUGCGACACAUGGAGUCUCGGAUCAUGAUCCCUUUGAAGAUCUCGCCUCUCCAGUGAUGCUGCUGUUGCCUCCGCCUCUCUCCCCUCCUCCCUCAGGGCAGCCAUGGAUAGUGCAGCUCCCAGUCCUGCUGUCUUGGUUUUCUCUUGGAUCUGAGAGGACUCUGGGGGGUAGUGCUCAGCUCAUACAAGGGGAAGCGGGAUGACAGGGGUCUGAGGACUUGCAGCUCUGCCAAGAUCAUUGCCACCUUCCCUGCCCACCCCUUUCCCCGGUGCUGGAAGCAGUUUUUAAUUUCUCUGAAUGAAGAACAGCCCCUUUUAUGUCUUCGGACAUUUCCCCCUAAGAUUCCUCAUCUCAAGGCCACUAGUCCCUAAUUAUCACCACGGAAGUCCUCAGUUUAGCUUUAGGUGCACAAAAGGUAGAGUGUCCAGUAGUUAGAAGUGGGGUGGGAAGGGAGGAAGUCAGACCAGGCCAAGCGUCAGGAAUUCCCGGUCUCCACUGGGGCACCCACUUGCUGAACAGUCUGAGCCAAGUCCUCCCUGAUGGGGAAAAGUCUGGAAUGGCCUCAAGAAGCAAAGGGGAAAACUCUCAAGUUAGCAAAGUCAGCAGGAGGUCCACAUAUUCUACCUAGAAAGGCUGAGGAAAAAGAUGGGAGCUGGGAAGGAUUUGGGGGCAGGAAACAGAAUGGAAUAGGAACCCAGAAGGUAGAACUUAGAAUUCAGAACUUGAGCUUGAACUGCAGAAUUUGGAAUAGAGAAUUGGGAAAAUAGAACAGAGGUGACAGAAGACCACUUGGGGAGGGGUUCCUAAUACAGGACAGUAGGAGAGAGGCUCAUCUGUUCUAUGUAAUGAGGUUGAGAACGUGGAUGUGUAGUGCUGGCCCUUCUGUGCAGGGAGAGUCUCCUGCCUUCCCUUCUUUCUUCCCACAGGCAAGCUACCGGCCAGGGCUUGUAUUUCCCUCACUCUGCAUUCCUUUUCUCCCUCCCUCUUCACAUUCUGUCAGCCCAACCCGCAUUCUACUGGGCCACUGGAUGUGUAGAGUGGGGUCAGUGACUUUGGGAGCCUCCUCAGUUAUCCCUACACCUCAUGAACCUCUGGGUAGAUUGAUCCUGCCUCCCUUUCAGGAGAACUUGUGUUGGAGUCGCUGAUGGAACCAAUUAAAUAUUUACUAUAAACUA